AUGGAUGGAGUUAGAUAUGUCUUGUCGCCUUUGACUCCUAAACAGGUGGAAGAAGUACUAUUGAAAUCGAGGAAGGCAUCAAAAGAGGUGAAAUCAAUGCCAUAUUCCCCCUAUCCAAAAUCAAAGCAUCCACCUCCUCCAAUCUCCCUUUCCACGCCAUUUUCUUCUCAAAACCCAGCAAAGGAAUCACGACAUCAGCCCUCUCUUCUUGCAACAAAAAAUGACAUUAAGAAGACAAUAAGAAGGGGAGACAUGUUUAACUUACUUUUCAUUCAUAAGCUUACCACUGAUCUUGAUUCUUCACUCGUGUUACACUCUGAAUCUUGUUUUCGUAAUGCCUCUAUUGAUGAAUUGCUUGCUGAUUUUUCAGAUUUAUUCCCUAAAGAGAUGCCAAAAGGAUUGCCACCACUUAGAGGGAUUGAGCAUCAAAUCGACUUUGUCCCUGGAUCUACCUUGCCAAACCGACCAGCCUACAAAACCAAUCCCGUGGAAGCAAAGGAAAUCCAGAAACAGGUUGAAGAGCUUCUUGAAAUUGGACAUAUUCGAGAAAGCUUGAGUCUGUGUGUCGUUCCAGUGCUCAUUGUCCCAAAAAAAGAUGAUUUCCUAUUCCUCGAAUUGAUGAUAUGCUUGGUGAACUUUAUGGAGCUAAGUACUUUAGCAAGGUGGAUUUGA